AUGUUUGAUACGUGUAAACCGGUUAUCAAGUUCCAAACUGCUCUUGGAGGAGUUCAGUGCAUUUUGUUUGCUGCAUCGCUGGGUUCCAUUCUUAGCACUCUGCAAAAGUAUCAUGACAGUGAUAGACUUAACUUCAACUGCGAUCCCAAACCUAGUGAUUUUAUCAGACAACGUUGCUAUAACAGCUACAUUUCCACAGUUACCAAGCCUCAUGGAUUAAUACCUCGGAAUGUUGUUGCCAUAACACUCGGUGUUUUGUGUGCAUGCUGGAUCAGCUUUGCAAUUUAUGGUGCUGUGACCUUUCGAAAAAGAGCAGGAGACAGAAAAGACACAAAAACAUUUCUUUGCACCUACCUCAUCCAUGUAUUCUUUCGAAUAUUGUUCCUGGGUGUUAUGGUAGGGCUGGUCUGCAGUUACCAGACAAUUUCUUUACCUUCCGUUUUUGAGUGUCAUGUUAAUCAGAUCUUGCAGACCAACAGUCAAACUACGCCAAGUCCUCUCAACCAGACAAAACUAACAUUGCAAUGUAAUGAUCUUCAUCACAAGGAGAAAUCGAACCUAAAUAUAGCUUUUAUCUCUGUUGGUGCCUUUUUUAUGGUGUUUAGUGUAUGGGAAGUCCUACACUUGUGCCGUAACAGGAAAAACUAUCUGGAAAAGUUGGUUGGA